GUUAUAGUUAGCUGAAUUAUACUGUGCAAAUCAUUUCGGACAUGUCACACUUUCCAAAUCCUGCAAAACCCCAUAAAACCCUGAUUUAGGCCACCCUGCUACCAGGGGCCACGUGAGUGAGUGCAGCAGUCCAGCCACGCAGCUGUUUGGCCUAGCUAUUGAUUAUAUACAUAUAGCGACUGCCGUUGUAUUGCUGGCAUGAGCUGGACCUCGCUGAGGUGCAGCGGUUGCCGACUUGUCGCCACUGGUGUAGUCUGCAGGCCUGCAAGAGGACUUGAUGCACCAGUGCCGUGGCUGCUUUCACUUGUGCUCCCAAAGCCCAUCGUUCACAUGUGGUGCAAAUGAAAUGUCUUCCUGCGCUCCCGACCCGCCUUCAUGAACUACCCGGCCGGCAACGAGACCAGCCGCGAGUUUGAGGCGGGGGCCGCCGCCAGCGCGGGCGGCGGGUGCGGUGGCGGCGCCGCACAGGCGGAGGCGCCGGCGGCCGCGGAGGCGAUGGGCGGCGGCGGCGGCUGCUGCGGGGGGCCAAAGAAGGCUGCGGCGGGCAGCGGCUGCUGCUAAGAGCUGGAUGGGGCUUGGGUGGAUGGAGAGCGGAAGGUGGUUGUGUGUGUGGGAGAGGCGGUGUGUGGUUGUGGCGUUCGGCGUGAGUUUUUCGAAGGUGGUGUGGGGGGGGGGGCUUGGGAACGCGAUCAAGGGAAAAACGGGGAGUACUGGUGUGGGUAUUUAAGGCAGCAUGGACCGGGCUCUCGCAACUCGCAAGGCGCACUGGGGUUCUGCACGGCCCGGGCACGUGUGAGGACUGACUGGAGAUGAGGAGGCGUGUGUGUAAUGUGCUGGGCGAUGCUGGCUGGAAUCAGGCUGGCAGCAUUAGGCUGGAAGGCGGCCUGGCGACCCGGAUGAGUGGUUGGAUGCGCGCCAACCGCCAGCCGUGUGGUAGGUGGAAAUGCCAAGAAGCAAGAGGGGCUGGAGAUUGCAGUCACUUUCCCUGCAUUUUCUGCCAUUCCGCUGUUUGAUGCGGCGUUAUGAUCAUUCCCCUGUUUGGCCCCGAUUCAAUGACGGCAGAGCCCAGUCGUGUAAAAGAGGCAAGACGGCGGUACGGCGAGGUGCACACGAAGGGUCACAAGCAAGCGCGCAGGGGUUGCAGGAAGGAUUCGUGGGGGCUGGGCAGAGGGCAAUCUGCAGCAGCAACUUGUGGCCAAGGGCUUUGCCAAGAGUGUACGGGUGGAUAUGCCCAGGGGCCGCGCUUGAGACUGAUGACGACGGCAAUACAGCAACGGGCACUCUCGUAAGUGCCCUGCGUCUGACUGUCGUACACUCACUCGUCCCCGUCGUCCAUCCCCUGUGAACUAAGGUGACAGUAGGUACUUGUGACUACUGUGAAGCAGUCGAGGUACGUCGAUGAUGAGGCUCCGUCCCUAGCGUUCUGGGCUCCAGACUGGGCUCCAGACUGCAGGGCCGCCCGCGGGCCGAUCAAGUGUGUGUACGAUGGCGGUUGUUGGUCAGAUCCGCAUCAAUU